GUGGGCUUUCCGACCGGUCCCUCUCGGCUCCAAGUGUCACCUGGAUGCCAUAGCAGGUAAUAUCUAACACUACCGGCCAUGAGCUUGAAAUCGCCAUAGCUUCAUGCGGUCCUGGCAUCCAACGGACCAACACCCACACCCAUCACUCUCCAGGGCCUCCCGUGAUGGCGUCGCUGCCACACAAGCGCGUCGAGGGUGCUGCACUUGUAACAGGCGCAGGCUCAGGGAUCGGUCACGCCGUCUCCAUCGCCCUCGCCCUCGCCGGAAUCUCCACUCUCCACCUCGUCGACAUCCGCAGCUCUGGUCUCGACAACACCAAGAACUCGAUCCUCUCCUUACCGCUUCCCACGUAUCCUGAAAUCAUCCUCCACGAAAGCGACGUCUCCUGCGUCCUAUCGACUACCCAACUCUUCUCCCAGAUCCCACGCCUGGACUACGCAGUCAAUUGCGCAGGGGUGCUGGGGCCAUCGAAACCCGCGCUCGAAAUCAGCAUCGCAGAAUUUGAUAACGUGAACGAUAUCAAUUUCCGGGCUUUCUGGAUGUGCCAGAAAGAGGAGCUCAAGCUGAUGUUGAAGAACGACAUCCGGCCAUUUAGAGGGUACUCGUGUCUGAAUGAGGAAGACGCCCAGGUGCGUGGCCAGCGAGGCGCAAUUGUCAAUGUCGCGAGUCAGCUCGGUAUAGUAGGUAAGGCGCGGACGUCCAUCUACUCGGCGACGAAGGCGGCGGUAUUGGCGAUUACGAGGGGAGAUGCGCUGGACUAUAGCAGGUCGCCGCAUCAUGUACGGAUAAAUGCAGUUUGUCCGGGGUUCAUUGCGACGGCCAUGACAGCGGAAAAUGGGGAGGUCAAGGAGGACAUAAAGGAAGCGGUGAGGUUGGCGCCCAUGGAGAGAAUCGGAUUGCCGAGCGAGGUCGCGGAUACGGUGGUGUUUCUGUGCUCAGGUGAUGUUGAUCUAGGCAGAUGAUAGGCCAGAUGAGCUAACACAAACCAACAGGUGAGAGCAGCUUUGUAACGGGCGCGGGGUUGGUUGUGGAUGGUGGCUAUGUUAUCAGCUGACGAGUAUAUGUUGUUCAAUCCGAGAAAGUCAGUUCGUCGUUCGAGAUUGUACUCCAACGCAAUAAUGGGGUACCAGCGCUUACGUUGUAUACCCGUAUGCACAAACCCCAUGAUAGCGCACUAGGUUAGCAGGCAAGCAAGUGCCAGUUAAUCUAAGGUGCUACUGUAUGCUCGCUGCGCUUGGACUCUUUACAGUCAGAACGUACAUAGACAUUUACUGUCCCAGUUUCCCCUAC